UUUCAAAAAUCCGAAGAGCUUCACUGAGCGACAGUGUUUACAUUGGUUCCCAAUCGCGCAGACGCUCGGAAAAUUCGUUUUGGUUAUCAUCCUUUUUACCGAACAAGUGAACACUGAACGAAAUCAGUCUCGGAAUAACUGUUGCGUGGGUUAUUUGUGAAACUAAUCAUUAGCUCGAUUCUUGCGGUUCAGGCGAAGCUAUAUUCAAACAACUGUAUGCUGUUGAUCUAUCGGGCCCGUUUGUCGCCUCGUGUUCAGUUGUCGAACUAAAUUCUCCUGUGAUAUUUUAAAUAAACUUUUGUUGUUACCUGUGAUAUGCUUUUUGAACUCUGUGAUAAUAAUUAGGAUCAUCUAAAAUGACUCUUUGCACUCAAUCUAUGGUGGACUCUCCUCGAUCUCAAAGGCGACCAGGACGACAACCAAGCGGCAAAAAACUGACUGGUAGAGAUUUGUCUGGAAAACUGAGAACAGCCUACAGACGCAGCAUUGAUCCCUGUGAAAAUUCCAACGAUAGCGGGUUAGGUUUUGAUCAUCACGCUGAUAGUCACCAGCACACAAUGACUAUGUCCGAGAGAGUAGCGUGGAAUGGAGAGAGAGUUGAAGCGAAAAGACCACGUCUGGACAUCAAAGUGGAAAACGAAGAAGUAAACGACAACUAUUGUUUUCCAGAUAGUGUACUACAAAGCAAAGAAAAUAAUGUCGCAUUAAUCAGAACGACUCCAGGAGGAUCAGUACCUGCACUAGUUAUAUCAAACAACACAAGUCACUCAUCUAGCAGAACAGUCCAACGCUGCACGCCGGCUGUCAGCCGACAAACACCCAGCUCACCAAUAUCCCUCACUACCCAACUCACCUACACGUCACGUUUUAGUGAUGUUGUAUUAACGAUAAUAAAACAACCAGAACAACAGCAUAGAGCUCGCUACCAGACGGAAGGCAGCCGAGGAGCAGUAAAAGACAUAGAGGGAAAUGGCUUUCCUAUUGUUCAGUUGACUGGUUACUAUAAGCCAGCUGUUCUUCAGGUAUAUAUUGGAACUGACAUUGGAAAAGUAUCACCUCAUAUGUUCUAUCAAGCCUGCAAAGUGAGCGGUAAAAAUUCGACGCCAUGUGUUGAGAAGAAAAUCGAAGGCACGUGCGUCAUCGAACUGGCUCUAGAUCCAGCAAAAGAUAUGUGCGCAAACUGUGAUUGCGUGGGGAUUCUAAAGGAAAGAAACGUAGACGUUGAACAUCGAUUUCCUGACCAAUUGGGGAAUCGCAGUAAAAAGAAAUCGACGCGAUGUAGAAUGAUUUUCAGAACAACGAUUACACAUGAUAAUGGACAGUCUGAAACACUGCAAGUGUGUUCACAACCAAUUGUAUGCACUCAACCUCCCGGUAUUCCCGAAAUCUGCAAAAAAUCAUUGACCUCCUGUCCGGCCAGUGGUGGUUUAGAGCUGUUCGUCUUGGGCAAAAAUUUCCUGAAGGACACGAAAGUCAUCUUUCAGCAAUUUGAAGAGGGCCGUGUCUGUUGGGAGCAAUCUGUUGUACCUGAUAAAGAAUACUUACAGCAAACACAUUUUGUGUGUGUUGUACCCCCUUACCGCAGACACAAUAUAACCGAACCAAUUCCGGUUAGGUUGUGUGUGGUGUCAAGUGGUAAAACUAGUGAAUUACAUCAGUUUGUAUAUACACCCGUAAAUGGGACAGUCAGUGCUCAUACGGAUGUCCAUGCCCAACAUGCCCAAACAUUUACAGGGGCACUGUGGAGUUCGUCUUCAUUUCGUAAACACCAACAAGACUUGGACAUGAUGCCCCCACCAGAUUCAAAUCUAGUGCCUUUGUCCAGUAGGCGCCCGUCAAUGAGCCUACCCUCUACUAGUGACGCUCACUCGCCUCCACUUAACGUCAUGAAGCAGGAAUAUAUUGAUGAAAAUAGCCAAGGAUCCUUGUCGGAUUCAAUGGAAAUCUGCCAUGAGCGCUACCGACCACUAUCAGAAAGUUCCCUUGACGUCAAUCAUGAUUCUAACAUGUCGAUGAUUAACGACAACUCUGUCGAUAUUAUGCAGCAUGAUUCAAUGAUGAGCCACAUGAGCGAAAAUUCAAACCUUAGCGUGGCAGAAGAAGACAUCGAACUGGCGCGACGCAACUCCAUACCGCUCUGCGACAAUGCUGUAAUGAAGGAAGAUGAUUCUUGUAACGUUCUGCAUGGAAUAAGUACUGAAGUAAGAUUGCCUCGAGGGGAAAUUUCGCGACAGGUGAUGACUGCAAUGGAGAAAGUAAUGGAUCUUAGGAUGAAGCUUCCAAUGAACGCCAAUGUAACCGAUUACGUGACUACUGCGUCAUCCAUGGUUGCUACCCUAAAGAGGUUUGGGAUUGAAGAUACCAGUGCCCCAUUGCCACCACAAAGUGCCCAAAGUGUAGAAAGCUACUUGACUAAGAUAGAGUCGAAAGACUGUGCUGGUGCAUGUCCUUCCAAAGCAAACAAUGGGAAAAGCAUGGCAAUGCAAUCAAUUUCCAACUUGUUAACAAGCACGCCAGCUAACAUGACACCGCCUGUAUUUUUAACUUCACAACAACCAUUUCUCACGGAAAAUGAGGCUAUUAACACUAUCGCCAAAUCGGAAGCUGCUGCGAUAGCAGAGCAAGUGAUUACCGGGACCACAACCUCACAUGCAAUCACAACGUUAACAACAUCUUUGGAUGGCAGUAUCUCAACCACUAUGAACACUACAAAAUUAGAUGAAAUUUUGAACUCAACGCUGGUAUCUCACAUCGGAAGUCCCACGAAAGCUAACGGGAUUGCCAUUCGCUCCCCAGUUGACGCAAUUGUAGCUGAUCAGGAUGUUUUACUUGCCAGCACGUCUCCUCUGUUAGUGCCACCAGUUAAUAACACCCAAUUGUCGUCACCGCUUCUCGGAUCACAAAACCCUCAUAGUCCUUCGGGAUUAAGUCCUGAAGUUAUUCUCAACUCUCAACUUUCUCCAUCCAUAAUGUGCCGGAAUUCCUCGUCAGUACAGCCGGAAGGUUUAUUGAGUUCUUCACCUCUUUCGGCGAUUUGCCGAGGAGGCACAACUUCCAACGAAACGAGUCCAAUGCCUGCCACUUUGACUGCGGCUCAGUCAACUCUGCUGCCCAAUGGAACAGCGCCAGAAUCUGCGACGUUAUUGAGUUCAGAACCGGAGAAAGCUGUUUUGCUAGAAGCAGCAGUCGAUUUUCUAAAAACCCAAAAGAACAUUUGUGAACUAACCACAACAGCUCAAGAUAUUAUGGAAAUUGCAGCUACGUCCACGGACACAUCUUCACUUGCCAUGGGAGGCGGUUUUAUGCCAUAUACGAAUGUUGCAUCGGAAAACAGUCAGCGAUCAAUGCAUAUAUCAAAAAAUGUUAUUUCGCAUCCAAAACCAGAUUAUCUGUCAAUGGGUGUUGCAAAAGACAUAUCCUCUACUGCUGGUCAAAAUAAUAAGAAGAAUGGAGAUGGGUUGAUUCAUCGAUCAUUUACAUCGUUGACUGAGAAUGAAUUGAUAAACUUCAUUAAUCCAACGUGUUUCGAUCAAGGUAACAGUUACCACCACUAAUUAAUUGGAGUUAGUGCAUGAAUUCAACUAAACUUCUAUUUAUUGAGCUUGGUAAAGUUAGAUAGAUAGAAAAUUGUACAAGGACUUUUGGGGAAAAUAUGUACCACGAUGGUAACUUAGUUGUGUCUAUAUUAUUUCUCGGAUUGCUCAGAACUCAAUUCAUUGAGAGUGUAGUAGUAGAGCACCAAUAACAUGGCUAACUUAGAGUAAUUACUAUGUAGGUUCAGUGUGCCUCGUAGGGUUGUAUCUAACACAUGUCUCAUUAUUUAAUAGAUAUGAAAUGUAGCAGCAUGAAUGUAUGCAGUAGAUAGUUUGUCAAGUUUGUUUAUGUUCUGAUUAUGUCUAUUUUUCAGUGUAAGUCAUUGGUGGAGGCUUUUCAUAUCCGUACUUAUUGAUGUCAGUGGCCUUUCGAAUUUUUAGUGCAGCUUUAAAUGAUUUAACUCAAACGUAAAAUAAUCGAACUUACAGUAUAUUAAAUUUUGAAUCCCAUUUUAUAGUCUAUAAAACAAUAAAUGUUUAUAAUAUUUUUAUAUGAAAAUGUAAUGAAAUAGGACCUAAACUAAAACGUGUUGUAGAAUUGACACGCAAAAAGCACAAGCAAACAAAUGUAUUGUAAGUGAUCUGGGAAUACAUCAAUAUUUUGGUGGAAUUUUCUUACAAAUUAACUAGUUGGAUGUAAAUUGAAAUUUCAUCUCCUGUUUUCCGUGAAAGCAAAUCCGAAUUUGUAUCUAUUCUAUGUUGAUCCUUCAAUUUUGUUUUAGCUAUUACUUUACAUUAUAAAUUAUAUAUUACUAUAAUAUUAUGAUUGUACAGAUACUAAGUGUUGCAAAAUGAAAUGUUGUUUAAUUAUAAUAUAUAUAUACACACAAUAAAAUCUUAUAAUUGU